AUGGAUAAUGUAAUUAACAUCUUGGAUUUGAAGGAGUGCUACAGUAUCGAUUGGCUGUGCAAUGAGUAUCUUUUGGAGGUAUUAAGGGAGAGAGCCAUUCUUGAUAAGAAGUUCUUUUUGAUUCUUGGAGUACCUAAGAAUUUGAGGAUCGAUGAUAUAUUAAAAGAAUCUUUGAAUGUUAAGAUAUUUAAAGAGUAUAAGGAGAUAGUAAAGGAGAUAGGGGUAAUAGAGAAGAAUGAGUAUAUGGCAGAGAGAAACCUCUAUCUGACAGGAUUUACCCUGUUUUUAGCUUUGGCAUUCUACUCGCUGAAUUCUCUUAUUGUUAAACUGUACCAGGAGGAGGAGAAUGCUAAGAUACUGAAAAAGCAAGCUUUAAAUCAAAAGGAUCACUUUGAGAGUGUCCUAAGAUCAUCUAAAGAGAAGGAUACGACCAUCAAUGAAUUGAAUCUUAAAAUUGAGGAGUUGAAUAAGGAGAUAGAAUCUAGCACCAUUCUACUAAAACAGGUAAAGAACAAUGAGAAGGAGUAUAUAGCCCUACUCAGGAAAUACAACACCCUUAAGGAAGAGACAAGAAAUGAAAAUAAGAAAACUAAAUAA